AGAGCGGGUUUGUUAGCAUCUUCUAGUGGCGUAACGACUGUGACUCCCACGAACAGUGCUUUGUACCACGGUCAACGCGCUUCGACGGGCGCUGGUUUGAUCUGCCGUCUCUUUCUCCGACUAACGCGAGACAUUAUACCGUGUCCGUGUACCGACUCGCGAAUUUUUAUUAUUGCUUCUUAUUUUUCCUCUAGAGUGGAUGCAUCACCCUAAGAAAAAUACUAAGAAUACCGUUCUUCCCUUUAUUCUCCUGUCGAGUGUGCGUUGAUUUCCUGUGUGUCAUCUUUUAGUAAUAUUUUAUUGAUAAUCUGCCUGCCCGUGUGAGAUGACGGGAAUUCAUCUAGGUUGGGAAAGUGUUUAGGUGUUAUCCAAACUCAGUGGCUGUGUUGUAUGCUGUAUAGAAAGUGGAAAUUUUCAGUCGGAGAAGCACGGAUUACGUAAAAAUAAAGUUUUGAGAGUGUUGAUGGAGAAACCAAAAUAAACCUUGUUUUGCUUCAUCUGCAUUUUCAUGAAAAGCUGUUUGUCAGAAAAAAUCAAUGUUUGUUCCUACUUGUUUCAGUGAAGUUUUAACCUAGCCGGAGCUGUGUUUUAGUGAAAUCGACUGAGCACGGAAAAGUGACAUUAGCAGGGGCACAAAAGUAUCAACAACAGUAACCAGGAGUAGCAUAUCUUGUUAUUGUUUCAUAUCGUUGUGUUGGUUGGCCAGUAGGCGGUGCCGGUGGCGGAAGCCCCACCCGCAACAAUGCAACAAAUAGCCAACAUAGUUGGAUACAAUGCUUACUACGAUGGCAGCCGGGUUUUCACCUGGCUGGCUGAUCUGUGCGGACUAUCCGUUGAUUUGGUCAAUUUCCUCAUCACGCAGUUUCUGGCACUGAUCCUAGCAUCGGUCUUCCGUUCCUAUCUGCACCCGUCGAAGGUGACGGCCAGCACCCGGCAUGCCAUCGGGCUGGUUAUCGGUCUUUUCUUCGGCUAUUUUUGUUUCGGACAGCAAGCCAUUCACAUCGCAGGACUUCCAGCCGUUUGCUAUGUCGUCAUACGCACACAGAGCCCGCAGUUCGUACAACGAAUCGUCAUGGUGGUCGCCCUGGCGUACCUAUCCUGUAUCCAUCUGCACCGUCAGUACUACGACUACGGUUCGUACUCGCUGGACAUCACCGGUCCGCUGAUGAUCAUCACUCAAAAGGUGACCAGCCUGGCGUUCAGCAUCCACGAUGGUUUCUCGCGCGAGAUGAAAGACCUCACCCGCAGCCAGCAGCAGCAUGCCAUCCGCAAGCUGCCCUCGGCGCUCGAGUUCUUCUCCUACACCCUACACUUCCAGGGCCUGAUGGCCGGACCGCUGGUGUUCUACAAAGAUUACAUCGAAUUUAUCGAGGGCUACCACAUCCUGAAACAGACGGCGGUAUCUAAAGCAAAGUACGACAUCGACAAGGAGAUUGUGCACGAACCGUCACCGGUGAAGGUGGUCGUGAAGAAAGUAAUCGCCAGCCUGGUGUGCGCUUUGAUAUUUGUCAAGUUUGCUACUAUAUACCCGAUCAAGGCAAUGAAAGACGACGGUUUUACCGAAAGUGCCGGUUUCUUCUACUCGUUCUGGUACAUGAUGAUGGCGACGACGGCCGUCCGCUUUAAGUACUACUUCGCCUGGCUGCUGGCGGAUGCCAUCUGCAACAACUCGGGCCUCGGUUUUAACGGGUACGAGCAGGAUGGCGUCACGCCACGUUGGGAUCUGGUGUCCAACAUCGACGUGUGGGCGUUCGAGUUCGGCACAAACUUCCGCAACUGCAUCAACGCGUGGAACUCCGGCACGAACCGUUGGCUGCGGAUGGUGGUCUUCGAGCGGGUUCCGAAGCGCUACGGCACGGUGCUAACGUUCAGCCUGAGCGCCCUCUGGCACGGGUUCUACCCGGGGUACUACAUUACGUUCGCAACCGGAGCGUUCAUCGUCAUGUCGGCACGGGUGGCCCGGAAGUUGUUCCGCGAACCCUUCCAGGAUACGGCACCCAAACGGAUGAUUUACGACGUCCUGACCUGUCUCGUUACGCGUGUUUUUAUGGGUUACGCCACAUUUCCAUUCGUUCUACUCGAGUUUAAGGCUAGUCUUCGUAUGUACCUGAACGUUUUUAUGUGCCUUCAUCUAGUCGCUUUGAUCACUGUAUUUAUUUUGACGAGAUUUGUACCCCGUGGCCAGCGAAAACGUACGGCCGCGGUUGUCACCACCGCCGUCGGCAUCACCGAUGCUGCUACCCACGAUCGAGAAACCGAUUCCACCCGCAACCAUCCCGCAAACCUAUCGACCGCUGCAACCGGUGGUGAGCGCACCAGCACGAUGCUGCUAGCAGAACACAGCACAUUGGACACAAAUGGAACCGCCACGGCCAAUGGCAAUGCCACAGCAGCAGCCGCCGCUGUCGCCACCGCAGUCACUGCAGAAUCGAACGAUGGACCAGCAACCGUUGCCGCAACUAGUAAGACUGAGAGGGAAAGUGAUAAUCUAUCGUAUCUAAUCAAGGAAAAGUUCGAGCAGGAAACUCGCAACAUCGAGGAACUGAUCGACAAAACCGUCACCGGAUUCGUUGAGCUUAAGGACGACUUGAUGCGCAUGAACGAAAACAACGAGAUUUUCAUCUCGGCCGAAACACUGCGCAAACGCCAGCAGAGCAAGGCCGAAGCGGAUUUUAAAAUGCACAGUGGCUCCGACCACCAUCAUCAUCAUCACGUCGGCGGUGGCGUUGAUGCCUUCCUCAAAAAAGAAAUCGACGCCCUCAACGCCGCCGUACAGCAGGUUAACGUAUUGCCUGCGGUUCUUAGUAAUGGCCAUGCCAAAUAAUAUACUUCCAGCCAUCUUCCCAGUUGAGUUGAAACACGUUUAAAUUGAAAAAAAUAUUAAAUCGAAGAACCCGGCCCGGCUGAACUCAGUGAGUCGCACGUCGGCGGUCGGUUCGCAAAUGUUUUUUGUCCAGCGGAGGUAAAUUUUCUCCUCAUCAUUUUUACUACUACUAUAGCAUGGUUUAAGCAGCACUACAAUAUACUCCACACACACAAACACACAGAAAAAAAGGGAAAAAUUAAAUUGUAUGUAAACAAAAUCGGUAAAUAUGCUCUCGCUAUAAUCGCCGAUGAUGUGAUGUGAGAUGAGACAAGCUAUGAUUAACUCGUUACGGUAAUCAGAUAUUUCCUAACUUUAUUGAAUAAAACUUGCUAAAAAAAACUAUGCAUCAAACUAAAAAAAAGCACAUUUGACAACAACGCGAAAUCGAACAAAGUCCGAGCAACAAACAAACAAAAAACAACACAACACAUGAUGGAUUUUAAUUAAACGAAAACAAAAAUAUUAAUAAAGAAGAAAGAGAUUAGUGAUUAUGUACCAGAGUAAAGUUUAACAAAGAAAAAAAAACUAAACACAAAAACAAAAUGACACACAAAUUACUGUAAGAAGGAUAACAAAAAAAGAAAUAAAACUGU